AUGUUCGAUGACCUCGCCUUCGUCCCGGACCACGACCUCCUUGACACGGUAUGGCUUGAUAACCCCCAACAAGAAUCUACCGGCAAAAAGGGCGAGAAACCGUGGCUGGUUGACCCUAAGGCCGCAUCGUAUCCGUCCGAGGAUCCUCCAUCGACGGCUGCUGUUCGCGAUGCUGAGCUGGACGUCGUCAACACCCAGCUGGCGGUGCAGGAUCCGCCGGCCGCUCCUCCGCCGGCCGCCUUUCGCGACGACAUGGUGUCGUGGCUGCUGGACGAGGCAAUCGACGGCACCUUCACGGCGGACGCGUGGCACGACUUCGCCGCCGCUGCUCUCGGCGAGGCGGGCAAGGAGAUUCACAAGGACGCUGCGGCUGGUCCCACUGACCCUGCUGCCAAGCCCCCCCCCGUGCACGCUCCUGCUCCCACUGCCGCAGAGGCAGACGCCUUUCACAAGUCCGCCGGGUUUGGCGGCGCGAAACCGGGCUUUAAGAGCUCGAGGCCCGAGCAAGCGAUGUUGUCGCAGAGACCUGUCGGGCAGGGCCAGGCGACGGGGUGCGACGGUGUUGCGAAGAAGACGGCGCUGAGCAACAUGGGUGUCGCCGCGCUGCUCGCGCAGAAGCGAGCUAUCAGCCUCAAGCCGGCCGCCGUGUUUCCCAGUGGGAUGGCGGACAUGCGGAUGAGCAGCGGCGGGGCGGAGAAAGGCGCGGGUAUGAUGGGGAAGGGGGCGACCAACGCUCUUCACGGCAACUCCGCGCAGUGCGCCGCUCCGCGCGCCACGCCUCUCAACUUCUCGCACUUCUCUCUUCCCGCCGCCCUCUACGGCCGUUCGAACACCAAGUCCGCCGCCGCCCCCGGAUCAUCCGCAGCGGCGCCGCCUUCCAGCUCGCAAGGUAACUUCCGGCCGCCGGCUAAGGUGCCGGCGCCGCCCGCGAAACACGCCGCUCAAUCUGCCCCCUCGCUUGCGCGCGCAGGCGACCCUUCAGCGUCUCCCCCGCAAGCUACAGCGCAGCAACAAGCGCAACUGGCGGCUACGGGGAGCCCCACGGCGGGCGCUGCGAGCCAGUCGGGUGCCGCACGCGGGUCGCGGUCUCCGCCUGCCGGUGGCGCGUCCUCCGCGGCGCACUCUGCUGCUGCGGGCGUGCUUACCGCCGCUGCGCCGAAGCCACUUCCGUACGCGCCGAUCGCGAAGCAGCAGCAGCAGCAGGGCGCGGAGAGAAUGCGCGGCGAGGCGUCGGCGGAUGCGUUUCACGCGUCGACGGUGACGAGCAACGUGGACGGCCCCGGCGCAUGGGGCAAGCACGAGCGCGACGGCACGGGCAGCUGCGCCGUGGGCGGAGACGACGACGACACGAUGGGCGCGCACAGGGAGCGGAUGGCGCGCAAGAACACGUGCGGAACCAAGGACUCGGGCAUUCAUCCGGGGUCGGGCGGAGGGGGCAGCUGGGGGAAGCGGUCGCGCGAGGAGAGCGAGAACAUGGCGUUCGACGAGGCGGACGCGGCGGAGGAGUCGGCGGACACGCGCAAGACCAACACCACGGCGAAGCGCAUGGCCGUGUCGUGCAACGAGAGCAGCGCCGCCAAGCGCGCGCGCGCCGCGGAAGUGCACAACAUGUCGGAGCGGAGGCGGCGAGAUCGCAUCAACGAGCGGAUGAAGACGCUGCAGGAGCUCAUUCCCAACUCUAAUAAGACGGACAAGGCGUCGAUGUUGGACGAGGCCAUCGAGUACCUCAAGAUGCUGCAGCUGCAGCUACAGGCAAGUCGCCCUCUACACUCUCCGCUCCCUCUGCCCCUCCGUCGCCCGCCGCGCUGCUCCUCCAUUGGUCCUCCCUCGUGGCCCUCCCUGAGCACACCGCAUUAUCUAUUUUCAAUCCGUGUGGUGCGUAGUGUUGAUACGCGUGGAACUCCCUCCGCCUGGCCGCUCAUUCUCCUUUCAUCCUCCCUAUCCCCCUCCCCGUCCCUCCGCUUGCUCUCCGCGACCCUCCGUUGGCGCGCGCAGGUCAUGUCCAUGCGCACGGGCAUCAGCAUCCCCUCGGGCCUCACGGGCGCGGGCGCGGCGCUGCCGUCGCUGGGCGCGGCGAACAUGGCGGCGGCCGCGGCGCACAUGGGAUCGUCUCCGCUGCCGGGCGCGCUGGGGAUGGGGCUCUCAGGCAUUGGCGCAGGGCUGGGCGGGGGGCUCGGGGGGAUCAACGCGGGCAUGGGCAUGGGUAUGGGCAUGGGGAUGGGGCUUGGCAUGGGCGGACUGGGAGGCAUGGGGGGGUUGGGCAUGGGAGGCAUGGGCAUGGGCGGUCUUGGGCUGUCGGAGCUUGCUGGACUGCCAGCUCAGCAGCGGCUCAUGAUGGAGAUGGCGUGUGCUGACCUGGCGCCGAAUACAGCCGGCCAGGGUCAACUGAAUGACAUGUCAUCGGUCGCUGCAGCAAUGGCUGCUGCCACGUCAUCGCAGUCGCUGUCCCAAUCAGCACGGCACUCGCAGCUGCUGUCACAGCUGCAGGCCGCGCAGGCAGCAGUGGUGGCAGCGGAGGGCGGCGCCAGUGGAGGGGGUGUGGGGCGGGACGGUGGAGGAGGGAGGGCAGCAGCAGGCUCGGCGUCAGCAUCAGCAUCGACGUCAGCAGCCAUGGCGGCAGCGGCUGCAAUGCUGGAGGGGCACCGGCAACGGGGACCCUCUGUUGACCCCAUGGAGGCUUAUCUGGCACGACACCAGCAGCAGCAGCACCAGCAGCAACGGCAACAACAACAGCAGCAGCAACAGCAGCAGCAGCAGCAACAACAACGUCAGGCGUUCAAUCUGGACAUGUACCAGGCGUUCCUGCAGCAGCAGCAGCAGCAGUAG